AUGGAUCCCCACCCAGGAACCUUCCCCGUUCUUUCCUACGUCAUGUCCCGUCUCCCUUCCUUCGGGCCCAGAACCCCCACCUCCUCCUCCGCGACAGCCUCCACUUCCCAUUCCCACCACGUCGAUAUCGAAGGGCCAUCUACCUCCGACCCUUCUUCCUCUUCCUCCAUCGUGGGUCAAAUGCCCAAUCUCGCCGACCCGGCAAUGCUGGCCUCCAUGACCCGCGCCAUCUCCGACGUCUCCCAGGCUCGAUCCGUCCUCAAGGUCCUCGGGCCCCGGCCCACCCACGAAGAGGUCGACCAGGCCAAGGCCAAGAUGGCGGACCUCGAAGCCCACCUGUCCCGGCAACUAGAAGAGAUCGUGGGCGUCCCCAGGCCCCCCGAGAUCAAUGAGGCCCGCUGGUCGGCCCAUCUCGCGGAGAAGGAGAAGGCCGUCAAGGAAUCCGCGGAGAAAGAGAAGCGCAUUCACAAAUCCCUCAUUCAGCUCGACAACAUGCACGAAGCCUACGGGAAACUCCUCAAGGACGCUGAGAAGCGCUUGGUCAAGAUUUACGAGGACCACGGCGCCGAUUACGAAAACAACGAAAACGAUGAAGACAAUGACGGUACCCAAGUGAAAGAGCAGGUUGAGGGGAUUUUGCAAGAGGCCGACGGAAAAGGGGUGGAGCGAGUGGCUCUUUCCGGGAAGCGGCUCAAAGUCCUGCCUGAAGCACUUAGCCACAUUCCUGCAAUGGUCGUCCUCGACGUCUCCACCAAUCAACUUUCGGUGAUUCCUGAUUCCAUAUCUAAAUUGGAAAAUCUGGAGGAGUUUAAUCUCUCUUCCAAUGUUUUGGAGUCGCUGCCAGAUUCAAUUGGCUCGUUGCAGAAGUUGAAAGUCCUCAAUGUGUCCGGAAACAAGCUUACUGCUCUUCCGGAUUCCAUUAGUAAGUGCAGCUCAUUGGUGGAGCUAGAUGCAAGCUUUAACACCCUGACGUAUUUGCCAACAAACAUUGGAUAUGAGUUGCAUAAUUUACAAAAGCUCAUGAUUCAAUUGAACAAGAUUCGAUCUCUUCCCUCAUCUGUUUGUGAGAUGAAAUCCUUGCGCUAUCUGGAUGCUCACUUUAACGAGCUGCGCGGGCUUCCUAUUGCAAUUGGGAAAUUGACUAAUCUUCAAGUUCUAAACCUGAGCAGUAACUUCAGUGACCUUCAAGAACUUCCAGAGACAUUUGGUGAUUUGAUUAACCUCAGGGAAUUGGAUCUCAGCAACAACCAAAUUCAUGCACUUCCUGAUUCUUUUGGUCGCCUUCAUAACUUGACCAAGCUAAAACUGGAUCAGAAUCCUCUUGAAGUGCCACCCAAGGAUAUUGUGGAUCAAGGGGUCCAAGCCGUGAAGAGCUUCAUGUCUCAGAGAUGGAUUGAUAUAUUGGCGGAGGAAGAAAGAAAAAACACACAGGAAUUGCAAGAACCAGGAGAAAAUGGCUGGUUAACGCGAAGCACCUCUUGGCUGAAGAACGUUUCUGAAAAUGUAACUGAGAUGAUGAUGUCCCCCAGAACUCCCAAAGAUGCGUAUCUUAAUCAGCAGCUAUGA